AUGUCUUCUCCAACCCCUAAUGCCUCCACAACACCAUCCUCACCGCCUCCGCCCUCAGGAUCCACAGGGGGUGUCAUCUACCAGGCUGAGACGACAGGGAACUCAUGGAGCGACCUAAAGGAAGCGUUCAAGAGGUUGUCCUUCGGCGACUUUGACCGGAUAGGCGAGAUGCCGUGCACGCGCAAGAGCCUGCUCAGCGGGAUCGCGAGCGGCGUCGGGAUCGGGUUCGUUCGCGGGAUGACGAGCGGCGCGUUCGUCGGCUCGAACUGGGCGGUCGGCACGUUCAUGUGCAUCUCCCUCGGGACGUACACCAUCUGCAAGCAGAACAUGAUGGAGGAGCACAAGCGGGUCCAGCGCGUGAUUGAGGGCAUUCCAAAGCGCUUUGUCAAGCCCGAGGACACCACUGGAGACUCAUCCAAGGCGGCAUGA